ACUGUCUCACACAUCUGGAGUGUAGCUGGAGUGAUUGUGUGACUCCUUGAAUGCUAUGGGACAGCGUGUGUCUGGACAAGACGUCAGACUCCUUUGCCUUUCAGCAAACGCCGGUCAGAAGAGGUAAAGUAGCAAACCAGAAUCUUGCUUUUGCAGACUUUACUGCUACAUGUUUUAUGAGUGACCAUAAUGUUGUUUGGAAAUUUAAGAGAGCUUUAAGUGUCAGCGUCAUUCAUCCAUGCAUGACAACUCUGGCAUGUGCACUUCGGACGACCCAGACUACUUAACAGUGCAGUAAAACCACUUGACAACCUCUGCUCAGCUGAGAGAGUGCAUGAAACAAGACAAUGAGCCUCAAUCUGCUCAACAUCUCUGCUAAUAAACACUUUUCCUGCUUCAAACCUUUCUAUUAUGACAUCCCAUGAUAGUGCUGUUGACUCUGUGUUGACUUAAAUCUCCUCCAUGACCCCUGUUUUAUGUGGUGCUUUAGUUAUAGCCAGAGUUGAAAGUAUACUAUAGAUGCUUUACAUUGCACAUGCUUUUACUUUUCAAUGAGUGCUUGGAUCUUCACAGACUUUUAUUUCUCUUCUGCUGCUGUGGGUGCGUGCAUGCUGUUCUUUGGAUUUUCUCUGUGUGACUGUUUGUCAAAGACUGUCUGGUAUUCGUUGUGGUUUGACCGCCAGGAAGAGGCUCUUUUGAUUGAGGGAUUUUAGUCGACCUUAUGUUUCACCUUGAGUGCGUAGAAAAUAUGUAAAAGGUUUAAUUUUGUUGGUUUGCCAGAAUACUAGCAGGCAUCGCUGCUUUUGCAUGAAAAUGACAAAAUUCUGAACAUUUUAUUUAAUAUAAAUCUAGAAAUGGAUUUGUCCUUAAUAUUUCAACAAAAGUUGAUGGUUUGUAAAUCACUGAGAUGCUAUAAUUGAACUGUAAAUGUACUAAAAGAUAAAAAUUGAACUUCUGUUUGAUUGCUCUAUAAAAAUAUGUGCUUGUUUGAAAUUUGAUGCCAGUGACAUGUUUUAGAAAGUCAAGACAGGUAACACAAAACACUGUCAAAGUUGUGUAACACCCUUGAAAGAAAUGUUCCAGCUAACAAAGUUAAUCUGCCAAAGGUUUGUAACAUGACUGGGUGUAAAAGGGACAUCAUAGAGCGGCAGAGUCUCUCAGAAGUAAAGAUACCCACCCAUCUGGGUGGGUAUGUAUGAAAAAUGAAAAAUGAAAUAAAAAGUCAGUCACAAAAAAAGAAGUAAAGAUGAAAAGAGAUUCACCGCUUUGAGAGAUUGAGUUUUAAUUGUCUGCAGUAUUAUCAUAAAAUGUUCCGAAAAAUCUCUAUUCAAACGGGCAAAGCUGGAAACCGGUUGUGGAUGGCCAAGAUCUUUGGACAGCACUGCCCUAAAAACAGAUAUGACUCUGUAGUGGUAAUCACAGCAUUAUGUCAGAACAAUAGAUUAAAACCAUAUCAUGGAGAGGAUUCAAACAUGACCCAGCUGCUGACUUCCCUGAACAGGAGCCCGUUUUAGAAGCACUGAGGAGAAAUGGAAAACUGUCCUCUGUCUUAUGUAUCAAAUUUGACAUUUAUUUCGGAAAUGAUGGACCUUGUGUCCACCACUCCAAAGAGCAGAAGGGUCACCCAUCUUUUUAUAAGCACAUAAUUCAGAAGCCAACAUCUGGGACAAUAUGGGUACGCGUGAUAACAAGACUCCAUGGCUCCAGGGUAGUCCAGGGUGCUUAACUCCCCUGCCUGUAGUCCUGACUUGUCACUCACCGAAAAAAAUCUGGGACAUCAUGAAACAUAAACACACACAAGCACACACGCAAAGACUCAAAGACUCAAGAUUCUCCUCUAGUUUGCCCCUAAAUGGGUUUUUUUUGUUUUUUUAAAAAGAAAUGAUACAAUAGACUUGUAAACAUGCCCCUAUACUAACUCUGUUUGAAUGUGUCACUGGCAUUAAAUUCAAAAUGAGAACAAACAGAAUGUCUGCUUACUGACAUCUUAUAUGUUGUCUUAGCAGUAUUUUCCAGUUAAAUGUAGGACUCAAACAACUUGCAAACCACCAUAUUCUGAUUUUCCCAACAUUCAGCACAGCACCCUGGAAUUUUUGGACCUGAGGUUGUGUUGUUGUUUUUUUUUUUAAUGCUUAGGUGUCCUUGUGUGGUUUGAAAGCGAACAGAACUGGCUGUAAUGGCUGAUGCUUACAGUGUUUUUUCUUUCUUAAUCAGUCCUUGCGGUUGGUGAGACCUGAAGCUUCGCUCUCAGUAUUCAGAGGAGACAGGGGGAAGAGACAUCUGAAUUUAAAUAUUUUUUUGGUGCGUAACUAAACCAACCUUCUAUCGAUUUAAACAUUUUGUAAAUGUUCUUAUUACAGUAGUUCUUAUUUUCUUCACCUUGUGGAAAGGUCUGCAAAGUUCGACCACUAAAGGAUAUGAGAUUUAGGGAGACUUGCAAAAAAUAUUGUACCACAGUGGAGACAAAAAAAUAAAUCUGAAUUUCCGUUGUCAUUCUGGACUCAAAAAUCACAACUUUUGGUAAGUUCAAGUUUGAUAACCCAAGUACACAAUUAAGUUAUAGAAUAAGGGGACCACCUGUCAGGAUUCAUCCAUGAGAUGGACAAGUCUUUUGAUACUGCUCUGUGACCUACCAACUACCAAAGUCAUCCCAGUGGUUUCUGUUUGGCUGAACUAACCCUGCAAUAACCAAACAUUUGAACAAUGGCAAAAAUGAGUUCCCAAACGGGAAAAUCAUUGUCAGUAUGUCCUAAAUUCCAAACAACGAUGCAAAUAGUCAGGGGAAAGUAAAGUUUACGACCUGCUGAGCUGACAUACUUGAGGUCAAAUUAUGGUGAAUGGCAGACUAAGUAAAUGAUGUUUUAUUGCAAAGACAGAUUUUAUAAACUAAGCUUUGGAUGAGCUUCGGCUCAUUCAGAUAAUAGGACCUGACUGUUGCUGUGUAUGUAAAGUGACCUAAAUUAGAUGACAAACACUGAAGUCAGAAAAACAACUUUCCCAACUGGACCACCUGAGAGGCUUCUUCAUGCAGGCCCUGUUAAGUAGAUGCUAAUUGUCAGUGUGCUUAUAUACUCACAAUAACAAGUCCAGGAUAAGUGAACUGAUGCCAAGUUAAUGGGAUUAGGGUCCCAACAGGGUGAGCAGGACCCUGAUGUGAACCAGAGGAGUCUUGUCUCACCUGCUUGCUGUAUAUUUUCUCAAAAAAAUGACCCCGCCCCCUUCUGGGUGAAUGCAGUCUGAACAAAAUGAACUGUGGUAAAUAAUAAAUAAAAUACUUAACCAACAUCAUUUGGUGACUAUUGAGAGCCCAAAUCUCUAAGCUGCACUCACCAGCAUUGCUGCUGUUACCACUUUAAAUCAUGACUUUGUUGAUCAGUGAACAGCAAUACCUGAUCAGAAAAAAUCUAAGUCGAAUCGAAGAGUUUGAGGUCUUCUCUGUCUGCAUCCAUCAAAUUAGAUGAGCAACCCCAUCCUGUGACCAGAGGUGAAAUAAACUGUCACAUCACUUUUAUGUGCAUUUUAACUGCAGUCUGAUCAUCACUUUUGAAUAAAUAGUAACCCUCUGUUAUAAUGCUUGUAUGUGGCGGUCAAUAGUGUAGCUUCAAGCGCCACUCACAGCACUCUUUAGAAAUCAGGAGCUGUGGGCUGCAUCUGUGACUGAAUGCUAAACAAAGCCAAGGGGGUAUUCAUAUGAACUGUAUUUCUGCUUGUACUCAUAGAGUAAGAUUUACACAACAGCUUCUCACCCUGGUCUUAGAGCUCUCAUGUCCAAUCGUAACUUUUCUUUUUCUUUCUUUUUUUUUUUUUUACAAAUGUUAUGUCACCAACCACUAAUCCUAAGUCAUUUUUCAUAUUUUUCUUAGCCUUAUAGAUUUUUACCUUCAACAGCCUGUGAGACAGAUUUCUUGCUUUUGCAUUGCCAAAGAGCCUGAAGUUUUCAAAUACCGGUCAAUUCAGGAGAACUGCUUUCACCCCAAAAGGGGGCAGGGCAGCACCUUAAGGGCAGAGAGAUGGUCGCUCCUCUCACUGCUCCCACAUCUGUGCCUAGUUUCUGUCAUAAAUUAACAACAAGUCUGUGAAAGUAGCAAUUUAGCUGCAAAUGUGACCAUUUUAGUCUGCUAAUGGAGACAAAUGUUUUGCCACAGUGUUAACAGGCAGAGGUCAAAUGUGGCAUAACUCUGGACUGCGAUAUGAUCUCAUACAACGUGUGUUAAGGUUGUCCCUGGUUUCACGGAGUGAAGUUAAUUACUGGGACCCGCACUCACCCCCCACUGAUGGUUUUAAAAAUAACACAGAGAAACAGCCAAUCUUUACGCUAUGGUUCUGGUUUGCUUUCGUGGCUCAGAUAGACACAUCAGUAUCAAUAGACACCCAGAUUUGCUUAUUAUCCUGCUUGAAUAUUGACCCCAAGCAUUCUUAAUGGAGUAUUACUUCUGUGUCACAUUGAUCCCCAUAUGCUGAGCUACAGCAGCAGUUGCUUUGAGUAAUCUAAAUUUGCUGUGGUCAGGCUCCCCAUUGGUUUACAGUUAGGUGGUUUGUGAUUGAAUUACUUUUUACAGAUGUAUUUACAGACAGUGAAUAAAACCAGACUAUGGACCAGGAAAAGCUCAGGUGGAGCCACUGGUAGUCACUGGUCUAUGCAUGUGUCCAAGAAGGCAAUAACACAUGCCAGUGAGAUAGAAUGAAAUAUUGAUAGUGCCUUGGAGUGAACCAGCUCUAAUCCUAAAAUCAGCCACUUUGUGCUGUGGAUGAACCACACCCAGAACAAUCCUAAUUAAUAAACAGGUGGAGAAGUUGUGAUUUUCAUUGUUUCCUCAUCCUGUUUUGCUCAUAUGACAAUUGAAUAAGAUGAGUUUUAUGAAUUCCACACCCCACCUUAAUUCCAAAUGCAUGGCACAUGUCCUCAAGACGUCUAUGAAGGUUCUCAUUUAUCCAGGUCAUGGUAUUCCAGGAAUUCUUCUAUAAUGGCAACUGGACUUCUGUGGUUAUCUUAAAGAUGUUUCCCCUCUUCUCCAAAAGGCUUCAUCAGUUCUUAGGGUACUGGGUCUAGAGCUGAAAUAUAAAGCCUAGGGUGAUAUUGUCAGUGUAAGGAGGCAUGGUUAUCAUCUGAGGAUGUGUUUGAAAACCACGUACCAGUCUUGGCCUUACCUUGGUCCUUGUUAUGAUUGUGUUUGAAUUCAGGAUUUAGAGAAUCCGGAAUUACACUGUAAAUUGGAGAUAAAUGGUGUCUUAGACCUCCUCCUCUAUUUAGAAAUGGUUUCUCCAGCUUGAUGUAGAUGGUGUCCUUAACCCCACACUCGAACCAAUCCUUCUCAUUGUCCAAUAUGAGGACCUGGUUGUCUUUAAAGGAGUGGCCGUUGUCCUUAAGGUGCAAAUACACAGCCGAGUCCUGUCCUUAAGACUUGGCUCUCCUGUGUUGUGCCAUGCGUUUGUGAAGAUAUUUUUUGGUCUCUCCGAUGUAUAGGUCCUUGCAAUCUUCUAGACCACAUGGCUCCGGACUAUGCAGGCUAUAUAGUUCAGCUCUAGACCCAGUACCCUUAGAACUGAAGAAGCUUUUUGGAGAAGAGGCGAAAUGUCCUCAAGAUAUCCACAGAGGUCCAGUUGCCAUUUUAGAAGAAUUCCCUGAAUGUCCUCGAGACCUUGCCUCAAAUUUAAUAAAGCCUGAAUGUACUUUAAUUUUUCCUUGGACUCCAGCCCCAAACCACAGAUUUUCAUUUGCCUAUAUUUUUCUAUCAUUUCAUCCCUGGUGGGCUCAGAAUCCUCAGGAAAUAUCACCUCUCUUGGCUCAUGAAUUGAAAUUGUGACGAUGUAAAGCUUUUGGCCUUGAAGCUGGAUUUGCUUUUUCACCCUGCAGUCCGUCGAAUAGGAAGAGUCAGCCCCCCUGCCACAACAUUAAACCUCUGUAAUGGAGAGCUGUCUACUCUAAUACAGUUUCUAAGUUUAGUCUGAAAUAUCUGCUUUUCAUAAAACCAAAAGGAUUACAAGCACAAAUAAUAAACAAAACACUUACAGCAAGCUUUGCUGUGUUUCAAAAAAUACCAUGUAAGCUGCCCACAACAAUGCUUAUUUUUUGUCUCUGGCCCUCCAAUUGUUUGUUUCAACCUCAGAUGUGAAACAAAUUAGCCUUUCAAAUAAGAGCAGUGAGCUGGAAGGAAAAGAUGGAUUUUUUGUGGGUGUUAAAACUAAAUCAGACGUUUUUAUCCAACAUCUCUGGUUGUGAAAUUUCAGCUACGCUGCUGGAGUUGAAAAGCUGACCUGGUUUAACCCAUGAUGAAUGUCCUGAGCCUUGACAGUAAUAACUCUCUUCCUUAAACAAUUGUUCUCAGAUUUUUCCGCUCUGACUGAUCAAUCACUUCCAGCUGAGAAAAGAGCCGUGAAGUACAAAUGUUGCACUUCAGAUCAUCAAAUAUGUUUGACUCAGUCUCAUAAAAAUGUCAAUCUCCUCGGAGAAACUCUGGGUGUGACUGAAAAUCUUAAAUACAUUUGCAGAUAUGGUUUUCGAGCAUUAUUCAACUUCUGACAUACAAAUCUGUCUCAACCUGACCCAGAGCUAGUGCAAGCAUGCUCCAAUGAAAAUCACCCAAUGGAUACUUUAAUAACCACCUAAUAUUACAUGUUUCACACACUUUUUAUUAAGUACAACCUCAGAGAGCUGCUGAACGCUCUGUAACUAAACCCUAAACAGGUGGAUAAUUAUCCUGCAUUACCUAGUAUCACUCCAGGUUUGCUCCUUGCAAAUACCAAAGGGUUUUUUUUAAUGAAGGCUAAAAAAUACAUAGACCAUCAUAGCAGUGUUAAGCACCCCUUUCUAAUUAAAGAUUCAGACAUGGAUCUUACAGCACAGUUAUGUUAGUUAAUGCAUGAAAAUGAAACCAAAACUGCAAUGACUGAGUACAAGGGUCAUGCUGUGAAGAAAAACAUCCAAGAUUUAUCAGAAUGCAGUUACAAAAUUUCAAACAUAUAGAAUUGAUAGUACAAGACCAAAUGGGCAUGGAAUAAAGUUAUAAUAAUUCACAGAAGUGCAGCAUAAAUGUAAAAAAUAAUGUCAUUUACAGUGGCAUUUACAGACGGAGGAAAAAGACCAGGACCAAAGACAUUGCCCUGGGAAACACCAUUUCCAAGUUCUUCGAAUUCCGAUUUCACAGUUCCUGGGGUUUCACACUUCUGUAUGCCUGUGAGAAACCUCUUGUACUAGUUAUAAGCAUUUUAUUAAAUCCAUUAUUGCAGCUUUUUAUUAAUUUUUUUUUAAAGCAUGGCAUCAUUAACCAAUUUAAAAGUUUUGAAAAGAACAACAGUAACAUCUCCACAGUGUCUCCUGUUAUACAAUGCUGACAAUGUGUCAUAAAAAUAGCAGUGGAAACUUUCAGGUGCUGUGCUUUUGUCUAAAACCAGACUGGUGUUAAAAUAGUGUCUUAGACGUAUGAUUAAAGUUUUUCUCUCACAAGAGUUUCUAAUAUUUUUUGUAAGCCAUGACAGUGUAGAGAACAGCACCCUCUGGUGACGGGCUGCACUACAGGUCAUAAAUCCCGCCAGUAAAAUGAACGGAGCUAUGUACAAACUUUAAAGGUUAAAUACAAGUAUCAUUUUUUGUUGUGAUGUUGAUAUGUAGUUAGAGUAAGAUCCUCUUUUUUUCCAUGCAGCUCCAUUUUAAAAAAGUUAUUAGGUAUACUGUCAUCACAGCGAUUCUCCUAGCAAAUGCGACUACGCAAAUACCAGCUUCAGGAAAUGGAGAAAAUACCAAAAAUACCUGCCAGAGGCGGAGUCAUGUUGUCCAUUUCAUGUACAAUAUAUGGUUGAGGCAGGCCUUACAGUUAUUCAGAAUACAAAUGGAGCUUUUCAGACUAAAGGAACUUUACCAGAUAAAAUCAAACAGUAGAAAAUAUAUGCCAACUGGGGUUUCAAGCCCCCAAUGUUUUGCAUGCAAAGCUUAACCCUAGCCUCCAAAAUUACAAAGCUAAAAUAUAUGUUUUAUUUUAAAAAGAUAAAUAAGGUUAAGAGCUAAAUGUUUUCCUUUGAUUAGAUAGAUUAGAUAGAUUAAUUGAUUAGAUAUAAAGCAAUUAAUGCCAAGCUUUUCUGGAAAGAGACAAGAAAUGCAGUUCAAAAAUAUGAAAUACACUCUCACAUUUAGGACUCUAAAUCUGUAAGACAGCUCAGUUUUGGUGUCUUACUUUUCCAUAAAUAUAACGUAUAUUCUCAAAGUAAAAACAACAACAACAACAGCAAAAAAACUGAUUAAAAUAAAAUAAAAUAAAACUCUAUAAGAUUUCUUUUUUAGGAACAGAGAUUUUAUGUGACUGAUGUGUUCAACUUUCCUGUCCUCAUGCAGCAGGAGAGCUCAGCGGUGAACAUGGCCUUUCCCAAGCAUUCCAUCCUGCAGGCCCUGAGUGUGCUGCUCUUGGCUGGGGUGUUGGUGCGCUGCCAGGCCCCAUUGGAUCCAGAGGAAGAGGAGGAGGAAGAGACCAACAUCACAACUGCAGUGUCAAAAUCGGAGCCAUUUGAAUGUCCGGCAGAGUGCAGCUGUACAGCAGAGGGGGCAGUGGACUGUGCAGGAGUUGACCUCAUAGAGUUCCCCCCAAAUCUGUCUGAGAGAACCCGCCAGCUCUCUCUGCAGGUCCUUUCACAAAACUACACACUCAUAGUCAUAAGCAGUAACCAUUUCUCUAUCAUGCUAAAAAAUCGCUCAUUUAACUGUGUUUUAACUCUGUAUUUGCUCCCGAAUGCCAGAACAACAAAAUCGAGGAGAUAACAGUGGAGCACAUUUCCCAUCUGCAUCAGCUCGAAACUUUAAACCUUCAGAACAACUGGCUAACGACAGAUGGUAAACACUGAAAAACUAUCUAAACAUGUAGCAAGAACUUGUGGUUAUCUCUGUUUCUUGUUAAAGUCUGGAGCUGUCAGGUCAGAUUAAAGCCAUUUUUGUGGAGAUAAAUAGUUAUUCUGCCUCUGGAAUGUGAAAGGAGAGCUUUGGUUUGGUCUGUGUCAAUAUUGACUUUUCCAGCUUUGAUAUCUGCAAAAUCUUUCCAAAUAGAUCCACCUCCUAAGAGAGCAGAUGCAGUUUGUUUUGCUUAUUUUCAACGCUUGCCUAAUUCAACCGCUACUAAAGCCUAUGCUCCCAGCCAAUAGCUGCAUCCAGAAAAUGUAGGGAAACCGAUUGGGACAUCAGGAUCAGUUUCCAAGAGUGAAAACAAUUUGAAAGUGUUGUUCGAGAUCUCUAAAGUCAUCUGCCCCAGUUUUGGGUCUGCCAUUCAAAAUACUCUCUAAAACAGCACUAAAUGAGACAUCAAAGCUCUUAGUAACAGCUGUUUGUCAGGUUUGGCUGAGUGUCAGAUGGUCCUGUUCAUUUUCAUCUGUUGAACAAUACCGCCAUGAUGAACAGAUUGCUUGGUGGAUUUUGCCUCCCUAGCCAGCUGUGGCCACCACUGGCUUUUGUUUUUGUUGCUAAUGUACUCAUUCAUUGAAUGAAGCUUCUCAAAUUUAGAGUGGAUUAGGCAUCUUGUUGUAACGCUAUCCCUAAUAGACCAAUUUUGAGCAGCAAUGCCUCAUAAAAAAAGAGUUUUCAAAAACGAACUCCAUGGGCUCUAUUUUUGUGCCUCGCCGAAAGUCAGGCGUAACCUGGUCCGCUACGCCGACAAGGCGUUCCCAAGCACAUUUUGGUAUUUUGGUUAGUGGCUUUAGUCGUAGUGAGGGAGGAGAAAGGGCGUGGAGUGGGUUUAACACAGCCGAGACCUUUAUUGACCAAUCACAUAAGCGCCUCUCCUCACCUUUAAAUCCUACACCGGCGAGGCCUAUUACACCGGCGAGGAGGGAGACGAGUUACAUAUCUUGUUAACUUCAUCGUGUGUCUAUUUACUAGAUAUUUAAUUUUAUUCGAUGCGGUUUCAGCUGUGUUAAUUCGGUCAGGUUGUGUGUCCAAACGCGUGCCAAACGUGCUUAUCAGAUCAGAUACAGAUCAGAAUAUAUCUAUAUAGAUCUAAAUGUAUGUGCUGACUCAGAUUAUUAGUUGUUGAUGAUUAUUUAUUGCACUGAAAUGUGAGGCAUCGGUGACGUAUGCCGAUAUGCUGCCGGUUCUCCAAAAUACCACUAGACCAGCUGCACUCCGCCUGCGCUGAAAGCUGACCAGGUUUGAAUCGGCGAGCUUUCAGCGCACUUUACACGCUGCCGGCGAGCAUGAAAAUGUCACUGCGCCAGCUGAUUCUGUCGACACCUCCCCUUGCCACGCCACCACGCCCAGUUUGGCGGACCUCGGUGUGCCUCAGUCCACGAAAAUACCAAACUGGCUGUACGCCGGGCUCCGCCAGAUGAAAAUACCACUGCGCGGGGUCCGCCACCAUCUGCCGUGUCACCGGCAGACACAAAAAUAGAGCCUCUUGUGAUUAAUUUGUUAUUUGGCAGCUGUGAAUGAUGAACAUUGAUGAACAUUAAAAAUGGAUAAUUUCUACCUGAAUUCACUUGAAUCCACGAUCUUAUCAGUCUUUGAAUUGAGUCCACUCACCUCAGCAUGACAGUAAAUGUUCUGUGGAUCAGUUCAAACACCAUCUUUAACCUCUUUUUUUUAGUCUGGCUUGACCUGGACAGUUGAAUUUGACACGCAUUUAUCCCCAAUACCUUAGAGUUCAGCCUUUUUCUCUUCUCUUAGGACUCAUGGUUUACCAGUUUUAUCAUCUGCACUAAGGACAGAUGAAUAAAAUUAAUUGUUUUAACACCACCAAACUCUCCUUGUGAUAUUUGAAAUUAUACAGUGACAUCUAUUGAUACAUGGCAGCAAGAAAAGAUGCUCUCGGCUGGAGAUUAUUUUUGUUUUUGGUUGUCUACUCCUGAAUGAUUGAAUAUUUGGCAUGAAUCCUUCCCUAUCAUCACACUUUAACAGGCUGUGAUUGCUAAUGGUAUCAGAGAUUGGUAGGUGCUAAGCUAUUAGUCUUACAUUGUUAUUGUACACUCCCAAGAUCAGCACUUUACUCCUCUUCACCUGAACUGAAAAGUUCAACAGAGGCAGAUUUACAACACUGUUAUGCAAGCUCAUGCCCACUUUAAUUCACUGAUGAGCAAACAGCUGGUGAAACCAUUCAUUAUCUUGUUUUUUAAAGCAUCUGCAAAGUCUUUUGAAAUGGAUAUUGAACCAAAUUAUUCAUGACUGUUUCAGUUUGAAAUGUGAUACACAAUUUUAGCUUUGCAAAUGGGGCUUGUUGCCGUAUUUGUCCAACUGAUAUAUUAUGUAGUAAUGGAGAAGAAAGAGUACUUAAAUAUUCUACUCUAAACAUGGCAUUUUAAUGAAGUAAAAUAUACUACAAAAGUGGAAAAAAGCACUCUAAUUGAAAUGAACUUAAGUACUGAGUGAAGAAUUGACUUAAGCUGGUGGCAGUGGUGGGGGUGAAGGAGUGAAAUAUGCUCCCAUGAAUUGUGUGACAUCAGUUUUCCCAAACAAGUUACAAUGAGUUGAAGUUAACUCUUACUCUGCACAUAUCCAGAUGAAGUUUUGCAGCAUCUAUUUUGAUUUUGUUUUCUGUGGAUGCGCAAUGAACAGCUGAGCAAAAGAGCCAAAAAAGACGAUCUUUGUGGACUGUUAACAAACGGCUGCUUAUGUUAAAAGUGUUGUAAUAAGUGAAGAUGGGACACUUAUAUUGGGUAACUCAUCAGGAAAACUUUGGCUUGAAUAAUCUUAAAAUAGGAUUCAUAUUUGUGUUAUUAAUGUUACAUGCAUAAAGCGUUGUGAGAUAUUUUAAAUCAAGUUCACUUGUUAAGAUUUUAAUAUUUUGCAGUGUAGAUGACAUUCAGUUAACAAGCUGUCAUGCAGAUGAUGGGAAGCUGGUAUAGCUAAAUGUACUCAGUGACUAUGUAAAAUGUGUCAGAAUAGAAUAAAUUUAACAGAACAUACUUAAAAAGUCAAAGCACUAAUGAAAAAAAUGUAUUGUACGUGAUUGUUUUCCACUUCUGCUUGGUAGGAAUUUAUCAACCUAAGAUUGCUGUUGUGUACUGAAGUCUAAAGUGGCACAACUGAUCUUAAAAUGUCACAGCAGCAUUUCCUGAGUGCCGUCUUUUUGCAGGACACUAUAGACCUAUCUCGGUAAAGGUCACUUGUUUAUUGGUUUGUGGUGUUUUCUCUUCACAGGCCUUGCUGACGAGGGUUUCGAGAUGCUUGAACAGCUGGCUUAUUUGUACUUGGCAAAUAACAAGGUGAGUCACACACACCAGACUUCAGAAAUGCUGAUUUCAAAUUGGCUCACACUGUGCAGGGGCAAGAUGAUCUUUUUUUGUGUGUCUGUCUCAUGUUUUGACUCUGUCCUAUUGUAUUCUGAUCCACUGACACAGUGCCAGCUGGCAGAGAGGGGUGGCAACCUCCUCUCCUACACUCUGUGUGAGCUUAUGCUUGUAAUCACUUCCAGAAUGGCUGUGCCAGCUGGUUGGAGCUAAAAUGUUACUGACCCUUUUGGACAGAGAGCGAGAGAGAAAAAGGAUGGGCAGAUUUGUUUGUGCCCUCACAGGGAUGACUAGGCAAAUGGGAUAUGGGAAGAAUAGAGGAUUUUUAAGUGCUCACUAAGCCUCAAAGACACCCAUGCUGCUCUAAUCCAUAAACCAUGUUAUAAAGGAGAGAGCUUUAAAUGAACAUCUAAUCUCACCAGUGCUUCUCAGACUGCCAUAUUCUCUGCACAGUGGAGCUCUCGGUCUGACAGGAGAGACAAAAAAGUGUGUGUGUGUGUCUGUGUGCAGUGUGCAAGAGUUGUCACUUUUGUAUUAGCUAUCUUUUGUGAAUUUUUGCCUUUGUUGGAUAUGCUGAAGGAAGAAAAGAAAUUCAGGGAGGAGACAGUGAGGGAAGACAUGCAGACUAAGACAAGGCCUUAGUCACAUGGUGGACGUUAACGUUUCAUGAAAAGCAAGUUUCAGUAUCUAAACUUGCUAUCGUUGUUGUUGUAAUUGUUGUUUAAAGGUAAUUCUCACACACCAAGCUAGGGGCUGUCGGUUUAUGUCUGCUUGGUUUUGUUUUAUGCUUUACUUCAUCUGAGCCUCACCAUUUAAUUCACAUCAUAAUAACAGUUUGUUUCUAAUCAUAUAAAAUGUUGGCAGCACAGACACCAAGGGCGAUUUUAGCACCUGGUCUUCAGGGUGCUCAGCCCCCACCCCAUUGUUGACAGAGGCACAUUAUUUUUCACUAAAUGAGGUCUACGAGUACAUUUGUAAAUGUUGGAGCUGUAUUAGUUUUGCUUUGAGUGUGAAUUCCAUCCAAUUUGCAUAUUACAUGAGCCAUGCCCAUAGAAAGACCAGUUACAUUUUCUUACAUACAAACAAUAGAACAAAUAACAGAAAAUAAAUUAAAUGGUCAAUAAAAUACGUCACCUUAAUGCACCCUAAUGCAUCCUUGAGCACAAACCACACCCUUUUUAAUCACCUGAUAACAUCUAGAAUGUCUUUUAUUAAAAAAAAAAAAUCUACAUAUUAUUUUGAACAAUGCAGGUCCCUUUCUGUGUGGAUUAAUGAAUGGGCCUAAAGUGAACAGGCACAGGGGGUCACAGGUCUUUAGUGGCCAGGACAAACUGAAAAAUUUAGACACAUGAGGGCAGGAGUGAGCACAGGUAUAUAGCUUACUUAUACAAAACCUCAAAUCAAAUAAUUCCUCUUGUAGGUACAGCAUUGUACUUCCUCAUUAAUAAUGACCAAAACACAUUUUAUCCCACAAUACUAUCUUUAAUGGUAUGCCACAUUUUGACCAUUUUGGAGGGGAAAAAAAUGAAGCCUCCCCUUAAUCUAAAUGUCAAGUUUUUUCUUGAAAGGGAGGAAAUAAAGAUUUGCCACAUCCCAUUCACCUUACACCAAAACAUAACAACUAAGUUAUUAUUAUUUCCUCUCACCUGAAGUUGACUUUAGGCCCUUGUUUUUUUUAAAAAAGAAUGUCUGUCCAUCUGUGGAAAGACAUAAAAUGGGUCAGAUUUUCCCAAUGUUCCAGUUAACUAUGCAUGGGGGUCUGUAAUGAACCAUUGACAAUGGCAAAAAAGUAACAUGUUACUUUACUUUAGUUCCUGCUUUGAACUGUAAUCGAACUGUUAGGCUACUAAAUUUAAAAAAGUAACUCAUUACUAAUUACUUCACCCAUGCAAAUCCCCUAUGCAAAAAAACGAGAUGAACCACAAAAAGUCUUUCAGAAAUGUAAUUCCGCUCCGACGUCUGGUACAGGACUGCACCGCCCUGGUUGUCAUAGCGACGCAGUGUGCGACUACUGUGACGUCAUGGUAAAACAACAGCGGAGGAAAAACAACAACAAGUAGGACAACCACGCAAGUGGAAACGCGGCUUAUGUUGUAGUACCUUUAUAUGUUCCAUACCUUCUCACCUUGGAAUGCGUCGACUUGGGUGCUGCUGCCUCGGUCACCUGGAGCAGAGGCGUACCCUGGCGGCAAGCAAUUGUGUGAACGUGCCAACCAAUCAAAAGAGGUGUAGCUGAUAAGUGGGUUAACAAGACUCAUAUUGAAGCUCACACAGCAGCAGAGGGGCAGAGCAACAUCACUCUGCGCAGUUGCACUCAUUUCUGAAGAUUUUCGCACAACACAAUAUUUUGGAGAGGUGCUGAGCUAGGGGGUGCUCAGCUAAUUCAUGGGGGUGCUGAAGCAUCCCUAAAAAUAGCCUAAACUCUCCCCUGACAGACACAGACAGAGGAGGAGGAGAGAUGUUUGAUUUUAUCCUACAUAACCUCCUCAUGUCUGAUCAAAAACUCAUAUUUCCAGACAGGGGUGGAGCUUACGGGGCGGCUGGGGCACUACCUGGGCUAGGAGGUGGUCCAGAGCGGCCACGGUGGGUGGUUUUAUUGAAGAUUAAACAGGGUGGCAGCCUGGGCGUGAUAAAAGAUGUUUAAGUCAUUUUUAAUUCAACGCAAUGAAGUAAAACCAACACAAAUGACAUUCAAGUUUAAAGAAAAACCAUGCAUCCUUGAUCAGAAAGGAUCAUCAGAAUCAAAAUUUUAAACCAUAUCUAUUCAAAUAUUUUUCAAGCCACAGACAAAAAAUUCUCUUCAACUUUGUUUUGUUAGGUGUGCUAAAGUGUAAGAUGUCGGAGAGAACCUUCAAGUUGAGUUGGAGGUUUUUCAAAGCCUGAGGUUGCUUGGGAUUAAAACAAUCAGAACUUAUCCUAAUGCUGUUUUUCCAAAUCCUAGCCUCUUCAGAAAAGAGUUUUUGUAUCACUGUCCUUUCAUUCCUCUUUUGUGUUCCUACAGCUCACCUCAGCACCCAUAGUUUUGCCCCCCUCUUUGGUGAGUGCUGAUUUUGCUGCCAACCAGCUCACCAAGAUCUACCCUUACACAUUUGGCCACAAACCAAAACUAAGGUAUGUGUGUGUGUGUGUGCGUGUGCGUGUGUGUGUGUGUGUGUGUGAAUGUACUCUCUUCUUAAGUUCCCAUUUCUAUUUGCUAAUGUCCUUUGAUCACAUCCCAGGUCUGUGUAUCUGCAUAACAACAAGCUAACUGACGCAGGGCUUCCUGAACAUAUGUUCAAUGCCUCUGACAACCUGGAGAUCCUUACCAUGUCCAGCAACUUUCUGAGAGUUGUGCCAUGGAACCUGCCCCCGUCCCUUUACCGUCUUCACCUAAAGGUUGAGUGCCUUAAAUUUUCAGUAGCAAGGAUAGUAAUGCACUUUUUCCCUUUUUUGUUGUUGAAUAAAGUGGUGAUGGUGCGUCUGUUAUUACAGAGCAACAAGCUGGAGAAAAUACCAGCAGGGGCCUUUGACAAUUUGCCAAACCUUAGGGAGCUGUAUCUUCAGAAUAACCUGCUCAGCAACGAGGGAAUGGGCAACGAGACUUUCAGGUUGAUGUAAAAUCCUUGCAAACCCUAAGGGGUUUACAAAUCAUACAUCUCAAUGCUGAUACCAAGUGUAGAAAACAUGAAGGUAUUGAUUAUUAUUGCAUAAAGGCGCUCCAGUGUGCACCAGCUGUAGCCCCUACUCUGCAAAUACAGUGACAGGGAAUUCUCAUGUUGCAGCAUCAGAGAGAAAAUUAUACAGUGUAGGAUGAAAAAACUGACUUAAUAAUUUCCCCUCUGUGUCUCUGUGCAGCUCACUGAGCAGCCUGGAGUGUCUGGACUUGUCAAAUAACAACCUGAGUGUCGUCCCCAAAGGUCUGCCUCGCAAUCUAGUGCUGCUACACCUGGAGAAAAACUCCAUCCGCAGCAUCCCUGGAGAUGCUCUUAGUUCUGUACGAAACCUCGAGUACCUGCUUCUCCAUAAUAACAAACUCCGCUCACGUUCCAUCAACCCUGCUGCCUUCCAGGUUCAUCUGUUUUUCAUUUUACAUCAAUCUUUUUUUUUUUCAGUGUGACAACAGACGGGAGAUGAAAACAUGUCAGACAGCUUUACUACUGACAUUUUGAACCAAGAAUACAUUUACAACUCAUAAUGAAUCACUCUUUGACACAAACAUUUGCAUUUCACCAGGGCUUAAAGAAGCUGCACACUCUCCACAUGUACAACAACCUGUUGGAGCGGGUUCCAAGGGGCUUACCUCGAAGGGCCAAGACCCUCAUGCUGCUCCACAACUCCAUCUCUGAAAUUGGCCGCAAUGACCUAUCUCUACUAUACACACUUACUGAGCUCAACCUCAGCUACAACAAACUGACCAGCUCCAGGCUGCAUCGUGAUGCUUUCAGGAAGCUGCGUGUGCUUGAAACAUUAGAUCUGUCAGGAAACAGCCUUCACUCGAUGCCAGUGGGUCUUCCUCGCAGCCUGCAGGUGCUUGAAAUCAAGAACAACCAGCUAAACUCCAUUCCAGACGGAGUACUGACCGGCAUGGAGAAGCUACAGAAACUCAUCUUGAGUGACAAUCAGCUGAAGCUGAAUUCAGUCUACCAGGGAGCCUGGAUGGAGCUCAGUGCGCUCAAAGUGAGUGGGCUGGGGAGAAAAUUAUGCAUUUAAUUCCAGGAAAUAAUUAUAAGAAUCACCACUUUCCAGCCAAUAGACUGCUUAAAACUAGCGUUUGCAUUUGUGGUGGGUGACUUGUGAAUGUACAGUACAGUGUCUGUCUGACAUCUAUGUGGAAAUGUGAUGAUGCAGAAAGUGAUACUUAGCCUCUCUUUUAGGGUUUGACCUUCCUAUACAUCCAACUUUUGAGACAUUUUUCAUGUUUAUUUUGAAGUUUGGGGUAUUAUGGUGCCUCACGGACCAUAAAAAGACAGCAGGGUGUGUUAGGAGGGUAUAAUAGUAUGUAGAAAAGGGAAGAAAAGCAAUUUAUUCUUCAUUAUCCUGCCUUUGGAUUCUUAAGGAACAACUAACCAUGAAAAAGAGCAGGAACAAGUAGCCUGGCCGUGGGAGCCUCACAAGCAGCUGUGUCAAAUCAAGUGGGUGUUAGUGCACAGUUGGAAAAACUGCGUUAUGUCACAUACAUAAUGUAAUCUCAUCAGCCUUACUAGUUGUCACCACAAUAUAGGUUGGUUAGACUUCCAUUCAAUUUUUAUUUGUAUAAAUAUAGGCCAGAAAUACAGCGCAGGAAUCAGCACAAGCUUUGUCUGGUCCUGUUACAACAUCAUCCCAUAAUGCUCCACUACCUUGAUGUACACUGACACAGAUGACAGAGGGACAUUCAUCUGCAGGGGUGACUAAAGACUGGUGGUGCUAACUCUUUGACUAGUUACCACAUUCAACAAAACAAAUUUGACAUUAUUUACAUGCAGACACCGUAAUCCCAUGUUUGGCUGUGUUAGGAUUUAUUUGAUCUAGUCUUUGUUUUACCAGGAAGAUUCCCACUGAGACACAAAACCUCCUUUUUAAGGUAGCCCUGGCCAAGACAGCAGGACUCCCUGCUGACUGAUACAGGGCUGUUCUAGAUGGAUUGACAAAUUCAUUCUUUUCUGUUCUGAUCAGUUCAUCUGAAUGUGAAUUUGAUUUUAACAAAUGGGACGAUGGUGACUUCUAAUCUGCUCUAAUAUAGGGGUUCCCAGUGCUGAAAACACUAAGCAACAGCACACAGAUAGCUAAGUAUGUAAAGCAACUCAGCAGAUAUAACCUAUGUUGAAUUGUGACAGAGCAGUUGGUUUAAUAUGUAAUAAUUUUAAGGCUUAGAUGUCUCUUUUCCAGUCACUUUGAGACUGUUUGGUUUCAAACCAAAUCAGAGAGGACUGGUGCAGAAAACAUGAAUCAGUCUGGCUUGACUCAGAUUCCACUGUUGUUGCUGUUUUCUGGUUGUAAUGUGUGCCAGAACAGACCCACAUUAUUCUGCAUGAAAGGAAAAUAUUUGUUAAUUUAUCUUUUUGCUAAAUACGGUUCCAAGACCUCUUUCCAAAUAUAUAUCCAGAAAACUGUACAUUGUUCAUUCUAUAUCUUGCAUUUGUAGACUCUAGACCUGUCUGCAAACCAGCUGUCACACAUCCCCUCUGACCUGCCCGAGUCUCUGGAGUACCUUUACCUGCAGAGUAACCGCAUCUCCACUGUCCCAGCUUCAGCUUUUGAAGGCACUCCAAAUAUCAAAGGCAUCUUCCUUCGGUAAGAACUGCCAACUGUUUCAUUUUUUUUUACCACAGUAACAGGUGUAUACAUAACUGUACUGAUUAAACUCUAGAUAUAACUUUUCUGAUAAUUGUUGGUCCUUAAAGGGAUAUUCUGGUGUAAAAUUAAGUUAGGGUCAAACACACCAUAACACCAAGUCAGACACUUGAGAGAUAUAUGUUGCCGACUGCUUGCUUCUCUAAUUAUACCACCUUUAGUGGUCUACACCUCCACGCGCAAAUCUAAACCAAAAUGCCACUCUAUAGCCACAAAUAAUGCUCAAAACAGCACCUAACUUCUUCAACAGUACAUAUAGGGUCCCAGCCAUAGUACUAGCCACCAAACAUCUUUUUAGCCUUGUCUGAUUUCUUAAGCAAAGGGACUAAACACAACUCACUCACUGUCCUCCUGCAGCCGCUUGUUUGUGGGGGAGCCCUGACAAGUCGAUCACCAAGUGCAGCUGAGUUUUGCAGCUCAAGGAAGAACGUUUAUGAUUAUUACUUCAUAGAAAUGCAAUGAGACUGAGAUGCUAAGGCAGGAGAACUACUGCGUCUGCAGUGCAAAAUGAUUAUUAUGAUGAUUAUUACUUCAGGGAAAUUAUCCGCUGUACUCAGUGAUUGAUUCGUCAGGGCUCCCCCACAAACGAGUGGCUGCUGGAGGAGAGUGGGUGAGUUGUGUUUAGUCACUCUGCUAAAGAAAUCAGGCAAAGCUAAAAAGAUGGCUAGUACUAUGGCUGGGACUCUUUAUGUACUGUUGACGAAGUCAGGUGCUGUUCUGUUCAUUAUUUGUGGCUAUAGAGUGGCUUAAUGGUUGAGAUUUGUUUAUGGCUCCUCAGACCGCUGUGUACUGCUAUCCUGCCGUCGUUACUAAAGUUGGUAUAACUAGAGAAGCAAGCCGUUGGAAACAUUCAUCUCUCGAGGGUGUCUAACUUGGUGUUAUGGUGUGUUUGACCCUGACUCAAUUUUACACCGGAAUAUCCCAUUAAUUUUCUAAAAGCAUACCAUACCUCCUUCAUGAUUCUUUCCACUUUUACCAUUUAAGUAAGUAUAAAGCAAGUCAGGAGUAAAAUGAGACUUUUAUUUUCCUCUGGGCUUCAUUAAAAUCUGGUGGGUGGCCCCUUGCAUAAGUUUCCUUGCCUUUUGGAUUGAUCUCCUCUCCACAGGAAAUGAUUAUGUAACUUUGGCCAGAGAAUGGCUGUGAGGAAACUGUUGUUUUGUUUAGUCUGCUCUGUGGGCCCCUUAGGGAUGGCUGUAAUCAGGUAGACAUGAACCAGUGUUCUUUCUUCUUUCUUUUAAAAACAUAUUUUUAACACCCCCUUAGAGUUGGUCUGAAGAAAGAGGGACUAAGUGCCUUUUUUUCCUCACUAUAUUUUUGCAAAUAAUUAUUGUUAAAUACCGCCAGUUGUAUCACGAUAAACAGACACCCCUGUGGGUAUAUUUGUUAAAUAAAUGUUUGGGAAAAUGUUCAAACGUUCAAAAAAAAAAAAAAAAAAACUGACUCAAAAGUUUUUUCAACAACAGUUUGUAAACAUUCAACAUUCAUGACACCACCAGAAACUUAAGUUUAAACUUAUAAACUUGAAGUUUUCUAUUCUUCCACAAAUUCAAUCUUUUUAAUUCUAGUUUUUAAGUCAAAUCUCUUGGGGCCAGAUGAUUGUGUUACGGUUAACCAUUGUGAGAAAUUAAAUAAGUGGAUCCACUAUUCAGAAGACAAGUCCAACACACUGAGUUCUUCUGAAUAGCUAAUAUUACUUAUAAAAAAAAAAGAAAGAAAAAGUGUCUCUGUCACCCAAGACUAUCAACUGUGUGAGCCUGGACUGAUUGUGUGAGACCUCUUGGCCAAAUAGAAAACUCAUUUCUUUUGUUAAAGUUAGGCUCUGACUGAUCCCGCCUCCCUGAUUCCUGUGCACAGUACUUUCCUUCAAAAAGGACUCACUCUUAGAUUGUGUGGAAUCACUGUAGGUGUCUAAUAAACUCAAAAAUACCUGCAGUGCAACCGCUGUAAGUCACAGGUCCUUGAUGGUUUCUAUGUUGCAAUGACAAUAAAGACUAUACCAUACCAUGUCUACAAUAUGGUAAAAUCUUUGAAAGCAGAAUGCACAAUUUGUAACACCUCUUUAUCCUGACAAAAACUGAAAUGGAACUAGAUGGCAUGUGAACGUGCAUCCUGACAAACACAUAUGUCAACCCUCUCUCUAAGGAUCUUUACCUGUAUCAGGACUGUCUUUAAUAGUUAAUAACCCCAAGUUCUCCUCUCCAUGCAAGCUCUGAUGCAGUCAAGUCCAAAUAAUGCAGGAUAAAAUUGGAAAAAUUAGGGUUUUAGACAUCUGGACCUGAUUUUAUCCUGUUUUCAAUCAAAUUUCACCACUGAACUCCUGAAGAGCUCACUGAGGGUUGGCAGAUCACCACUCAGUCAUAAAUAUGUUCGACCUCCUUCAAUCCAGACACAAAUACAUGUCAAAAGACAAAAAACUUGUGGUUUCAUGUGCACUGUGACUUCUAGAGCUCAACUCAGCUUUUCAACUUUUUAAUUUCUGUUCAGUCAUAAGAGUGGCAUUAUUCUACUUUUGUUACAAUGACACUGUGUUUUCAAAAGUUUUUCUUUCACUGAUAGUUUUGUUCCACUGUAGAGGAGUUCAAAGUCAACCUGUUUAUAAAGAUGAUGAAAUAUUCACCUUCAAACAUUGACUCUUAAUAUUUCUCAAAGAAAUAAAAACAUUCAAAAUGAAUCUAUAAUUUUUCCAUUAACAGUGAGGUUUUAUCUCAUUGAAGAGACUCAGAUGCACUGUUUUGCUGGUCCUCAUUUUGCAGAGUACUGCAGUGUGUUUUCUUCAAUCUCAUCGACUCCUCUGACUUGUGUUUAUUCAGCAAAGUUCCCACUUUGGUUUAUUGCACAAAGUGCAGGCUUAUACUCACAAACAGUGCUGCCCAAAGCUGCAGUCAGACAGUUGAGUCAAAGCGUUUCAGGAAAGUGUUUUCAGGGCUUUUUAAAUAGAUUUUAGUCUGACCUCAACCUGACUGUCUGCCCUUGCCUUGUUGCCUCGACCCCUUUCAGGCUGUGGUCCUCUUCUUCUUCGUUACAUGAGAAUAGUUCACACACACACACACACACACACACACACACACACACACACACACACACACACACACACACACACACACACACACACACACACACACACACACACACACACACACACGGCUUGAGCUAAUUUCCAAUGCUGUUACAAGAGGAGAGACUUUUGUGUUUAUUUACUAGCGAUCUGUGGUUAAAUUUGAUUGCUAACACAUGGUAGCCCUUUAACUGACAGAUAAGAGUAGAUUCCAGGUGUUUUUAAAGAACUUGAUGAAUGUGAAGUCAGUCAAACACCUGUGACUGUGUCUGAUAGACUCAAAUAUUUGAGUGGGUGCAGUUCAGAGAGUGGUACAUGUUGUAUAAAUUCCUCUCUGAGUGGAGAUGCCUGAAGUCUCAACCUCCUGACAGCUUAGGUUUGUAUAUAUCUACUGUCUCUCUCUUGUACAUGUCAGUAUUCAUGUUUUAAUUCUCUGAAAGCCCAGUCGUGACCAUAAGCUGUCAGCUGAGGGAAGAUAACUCACACACCUUCUUCUCUUUGCUCUUAUUUGAAGGUUUAACCGCUUUUCUGUGGAUGCUGUUGAUGAGAGCUCCUUUGCACACCUGUCAAAUUUACAAGUGCUGGACAUUGGCACAGGAAACGGCGACCUCCCCUUUAAAAAAGACGAGAUGGAGGGUGAGAUAAUGGAGGUGGAGCAGGACUCAUAAGCAGUUGAACUGACAUUGGACUGCAUUGUGCUGAGGAAAGGAGAAAAGGAAGGGUUUUCAGAAGGAAUUGAACCUGUAAAUGUCUUUUUGCAGGUGUUUUAAUGUAUUGUGCUGAGAUUCUGGUGCAGGAUACCAGAGGAGUUUUUUUUUUUUCUUCCAUGAUUUGGGCUGGUUUGUGUUACAUAUCUUUAUAUCCAAGCUAUGAGAUGGCUGUUGUUAAAAAAAAACAGUUUUUAUCCAAUUUUGUGCUGUAUUCAAAGCAAUCACAAAAUUUAAUGUGAAUUUUUCUACAUUAACAUUUCAGAAGCCAAACCUCCAAAAUGAUGCAGAGUAAACAAGAAAAGAUUUUUAAUCUUGGGUGCACAUUUCUCUGUUUUUUUUUUUUUUUCUUAAAGCUUCUUUGUCCACAUGUCUUACAAAAGAGAAAUUGCUGAACAGUUUGUACUUUCAGCAGAACAUCCCAAUACAAACAUCCAGACUUGCACUGACACCAACAAAGUUAUCUCAAACUGUUGAAUUAACACUGCAGCAAAUCCUCUCAAAUAAGGCGCCAUUUCAGAUUAAAUCCAUGCAUAUUAAAUUUUUUCUUAAAAGUUAGGACCCAUUCAAAGGGAUAUUUCAGAUUUCUUCUCCUAUUCAGUCAACAGACUAGAAAUCAAGCUCUAGAAUAAAAAUUUGAUAACACUUAAACCAGUCGUUUACUGCUUGGACCUUGAUGAAAACAUUACUAAUGCAUUCAUAGGGAUGAGUUACAAUCUUUGUGCUGAUAAGCAUUCAUAACAACAUAAAGCAAUGUUUAUGAAGUGUUUCAAGUGAUGAGCAUCAAGCCUUUUUACUCCUUUUAUAAUGCUUUAUAAAUAGCAAUGCAUUAAAGUGGUAGGUUAAUCUGAAGUUUUAUGUGGAACAAAAAUCAAAACAGGGAAAGUCAAACUUCAUAGGAGAAGCUUCAAAGUUUCUUUGAAAUCAAAUAGAUUAAGUCCAAGAUGUUUUGUUCAUUUCCAGAAUAACUAAAAUAGAAGAGAUGGCCACUGACAAAAUAUGCAAAAUAUGUGUUUUGAAAUGAAGACACAUGCAGAAGUGGAGACAAGGGAUUAGUGUCACACCCAAGGCCCCAACCAAAAAUAGCUUAAACUUUAAAUAACUGCGAAGUUUGCUCUGGUUGUUUCACAGCGAACAGUUUCUUGUUUCAGUUUGAAACAGACAUGCUCGUAGUUUUGGGAAGUUAAAAAGCUCUCGUGUUGACAUGCGUAAUUUUUUCCUCUGUUAGUUUUUCCUCUACUGCGUUAAACCUGCAAAAACUGCCGUAGGAGCUUGAUUCAUUAUCAAAGCUUUUGUUCAUUAGGCCUUAUCCACUCUCUUUUUUUGGCAUCAAUUAACAAAUUAAAAGUCAACUUUAUUCUUAUUUAGCCUGAGGGUCUUUUAGUGUUGCUAUAGGAAACUUACAGUCACCUAGAGUCACUUUGUCUUGUGGGGUUCCUCAGAGGUCAAUUAUGGGCCCACUUCUGUUUACUAUUUAUACAUUGUCCCCAGGACAAGGAAUCCGUAAACAGAACAUUAGUUUUUAAAGUAAUGCUGAUAAAACUCAAGAACUCAAAUGUAUGAACACUUGCAUAUAAAUCAGUAUGACAAAAGUAACUGCUCUAAAAAAAAGAGAGCGAAAGACACAUUUAUGUGAUAAGUGUUUUGAAUUUCCAUCAAAAAAUGGCUCAAACUAGAAUGGAGAAGGCAGGCUGCUUGACCCUUACUGCAGCCAGCCACCAGGGAGAGCUCUAAAAGGAAGCUUUCCGCCGUCUAUGAUUUUAUACACCUUACAAUCCUUCACAACAAUGUAAAAAACAACAAGUCUAACAUUUCUAAAAAUGAAAAGGAGGAACAUUUCAGGGAUCCGGGUAACUUUUCCCACUUUAGAAUGAAAAGCCUUCUUAAAUUUAACCCCCAUUUCACUUGCAUAGGACCUGUGGAAUAACAAAUAAUUAUUCAACUGUCAUGGUUUUCUUUUCAUUGUUUGCACCAAGUACCACAUUGUAGUUUCAAAACAUGUCUGUGUCAAGUGUCUCAGUUGCCCACACCCACAUCUGCUGAGUCAAAUAUUGCUUGGACUGGAACUAAAAGGUUGUGUUUUCACUGUAUUCAUGUCAAGUACCGGUAUUUUUUAAAAUACAUCAAAAGUUUUUAGUGUUUCUGCUGGAGCCUGACUUUGAGUGUAAUACUAUAAAUUUCAACUAAUGUGCUCUUUACAAGGCAUUACCCAAAAACUCCCCAUUACAGCAUUUCUGACAAAUCAACCCGGGCUGACAUCUUAAACAGUGACAUCAAAAUAAUUGACGAUUAACUUCUCCUUUUAAAAGUGCCUCAAUGUAAACUAACUGGGAGAACUGUUAGCACCCCAUUAAGUAGUUACAAAUACCCAGUGUGUGAAAUGUUGGUCAGACACCAAUAACAGAGAAGAACAGAGAACAGUAAUACGCACAAAAUGUGGAUGAUUGUGAAUAUUGUAAUCAUCUUUAUGUUUGUCUUUUGCCACAUUUGUGAAUGAAACAUAUCAAACCUACAAGCAUUAUCACUUUUUCUGAGGCUUCAAUCUACUGCUGCUGCUGCUACUUCAGUCCAUUCCUGUGUUUUUCCUCUGAAAAUGAUAGAAAAUGUCUCUAUUUCACAUCAAAAUACUUAUCCUUUUACAAACACAAUAUUGUUGUGAAUACAGUUUCACCUCCACACACAGCAGUAUAGUAAUUUCACAUAUUAAGUCACUGAACAGCAAUAAAUUAUUUGAAAAAGGCUGAAGAAGACUGUGCAUUUUCUCUUAUUCAUCAGAACAACUCAUCAAUGUCAAUUAUCAUUUUAUCUUCAUUUUUCUUUUCUACAAUCUAACAUAGUUUUGAUUAGAUUUUCAAUAUGAUACUUCAAAAUAAUAAUUACAAAAUCUAUGAAUGUGAUAGUUUCCUAUGUAAAAUAAAGUGUUGGCAGUGUGUUGUCCAUCACACCAUCAGAUGCUUUGCCAGUGAGAAAGUGAAGUGCUGUCAGGAUUGACAUUACCAUGUAGUUAACCAAACUGUUUGUGGUCUGUCAGUAUGUUUGAAGAGGACUACUGUCUUAUAUCAAUUUACAUGGGCUGACCAAGAAUCAAAUUAUUGACAGAAGCAUGUCUCCAUGCUGUUCAACCACCUGCUCAGAGCCUGGCAUGCAAACACUGGAGCGUGCACAGAACGCCGAGGUCGGCCUCAGUUCAACUGAGCCGUAAACAUGCUCACCAACCACAUUAUCCAGGUAUGAAGUUCAAUUUCAGCCUGAUAACAAGUUAACAUGUUAGCAUGCAUUUUAAAAGUUUGGUUUCAGUUGGACUUUUGCAAUAAAUCUAUUUUUUAAGUGCAUGGAAACACACAGUGUGCCCACUAAAGGCGUUUUUCACUCAUAGACAGUAUAUACUAUGGACAACUUGGUUUCGCCUUCCGCCAGUAUACAGAUUUGAAGCCAAAAAUCUCUCAGUAUUUCAAGGUUUUUUCUCCACUCCCUAAAACAAACAUUGCGCAGUAGCGCACUCCACCACUUGCGCAGUAGCAUUGUACGCAUUUUGAGUCGCUGAGAGUCACUAUGAUGACCCUUGACUCAAACAGCAUAACCCAGUGAGCUACAAAAUCUUCGUACGCCCAAAGGCUGUAUCAAGUGUCAAUCAUAGAAAACAUGAACCCCCUGAUAACUUUUAAUAAUGGAGCUGCACAGAAAAAAGAGGACUCUAGCACAAACCAGUCUUACAGUAACUACAAGUCAAUAUCACAAGCAGGAGGGAGAAAUAUGUAUAAUCUGUGUAAUACAUUUCUAAAAUUUGUCCACAUAUCCAUAGGGAUUGCUGGAGGAGGCGGGAUUUAUGAUCUAUACUGCAGCCUGUCACCAGAGGGUGCUGUUUUCGCAGUGGCUUCACCCGGCAAGGAGGCAGACGGCAUCCAUUCUAUAUACAGUCGAUGUUCUCACUCUGGCAGUGCCUAUUUUAUAUACAAACCCAAAUGCAGUUAAGUGUUUUCUUUUUUAACUCUGCGUCCCAGGCCACAAAAAGCACCCUUAUAUCAGCUGUUUUUGUUGCUGUGCUCACAGCAGCACUCUCUGGCCUCAUCCAUACAUAUAUGGGUAUUUUGGAAAUUAAUUGAAAAUGUAUGUUUUCCCUAAACAUAGUUUAAAGAGCACUGUUUACAGUUGCAGCUCACUUGUUUGACUUGACAGACAGAUUACACAUCCUCACAGAUAUUGGUCUGGCAUGCUUAUAUCAUAGGUGCUUUUAACUGUUUGUUGUUUGGAUGGUGAAACAUUUCCAAGCAUCUCUCAUGAGAAUAGGAUAUUUUUAAAUAUGGGGAGGGGAAAUUAACUUUUAAAUAUAUUUGUGAAUAAAUGUAGAUGCAGCUUGAGUUUAAACUAGUUUAAUUAUUGGAACACCCCCUGUUUGUUAGGAUCACAGUCUUCAUAAAAAUCAAGAAUGGGUGGGACAUCUGAUGACAACUUUGUUGAUAGAAGCCCAAAAAGGAGCGAAACCAACCACAUAAAACAACUCCCUGCCAUGGGGUUCCUGUCAAUGUUCUAACCAAUUAAAUAACUUAACUUAAAGAGGUGUAAGUGGCAUGGGAAAACCUUCAUUACAUGACAACAGAGUAAGCAGUAGUGGAAAGUAUUCUGAAAUGGGUGUGAUACUGCCAGUGCAAAAAUAAACUCUGUUGGUGAACCUAAGCCUGAGGAAAUGUUUCCAUAAAAAUGCACAUGAUGAAAUUUGAUUCAUUCACUUUCCUUUUCUAACUUUAAACCACAAGGGUGCUGUAUCAGCAAGAAUUCAGAGAUCCAUUAUAGAUCGUGAUGCAUAUCAUGAUUUUGGGGUUACACUCUAAUGUAAUGUGACUUAUCGUCAUUUAAAAGCCUGGGACAAUUGCAGGGUUUUAAAGAUAAAUAAUACAAUCAUUGCAACAAAUCUUCACAUGUAAGCUACUCAUUGAAAAACUGAUACAAUAUUACAUACAAUAUGCAAGAAAUCAAGUCUACUAUUAACUUCAUACAUUCCUCAACAACACACUAUUUUCCUUGUUCACUCCUAACACAGUCUUUUGCAGCUAUAACCAAACAAUGUCAGUGUUCAGACUGGGCUUUUUAGUCAAUAAAUUUACUUUUCCGAUAAUUUCCUGUUUGAGGUGACAAUCUUGCACUUAAAUCUGCAAGCUUGUUUUUAUCUUUCUGGAAAUAUCUAAAACCCUCAAAUGGGAUUUUCCAGUAAAAAAAAAUUCUGUCCCUCCUAUUUUGUCAGCUCUUGCUAAUAUUUGACACCUUGCUUGAACAACACUGUUUACUUUAAGUGAUAAAUGACUUUAAAUAAGUAUUUGUUUGCUUUUUUAAGUAUUGCAAUGAUGCAACUUUUUAUCCAAAAUACUGCACAGAGGUUGCUCUUUCCCAUAGACUGUAUAUUCAAUGGACAACUUGGCUCCACCUCCUGUCAUUAUACAGAUUUGAAGCGGAAAUGCUCUUUGUAUUUCCAGGAUUUUCUCCACUUCAUGGAACCACCACUUGCGCAGUAGCAUUGUACGCAUUUGCCGGAGAGUCACUGAGAGUCACCGUGAUGACGCUCGGCUCAAACAGCGUAUCCCAGUGAGCUACGCAAUCUUCGUACGCCCAAAGGCUGUAUCAAGUGUCAAUCGUAGAAAACAUGAACCCCCUGUUAACUUUUAAAAAUGGAGCUGCACAGUAAAAGAGGACUUGAGCACAAACCAGUCUUACAGUAACUACAUGUCAACAUCGCAAACAGGAGGGAGAAAAAUGUAUAUUCUGUGAAAUACAUUUCUAAAGUUUGUCCACAGCUCCAUAGGGAUUGCUGGAGGAGGCGGGAUUUAUGACCUAUACUGCAGCCCGUCACCAGAGGGUGCUGUUUUUACAGUGGCUCCACCCGGCGAGGAGGCAGAUGGCGUCCAUUCUAUAUACAGUCUAUGUUCUGUCAUCAUGGCUAAAAACUUGUGGCAUAAUACUGGUGCAUGGUCUCUUAUACUAAAAGAUUACAGAUAAUUAACAUCAAAUGAUACUGGAGUUGUUUCCUAUACUGUCAUUAAAGCAGCUAUAAAAACAGCUUUUUGACAUGGACUUUAACAAUAAAAAAGUAGUUUUGAAGUAGUUGAAUUUAAUCAAGUGCUCCAGAGACUGUUUAAAAUACACAAAAAUUUAAUAAUCUUAGAUUUUCAUUCAGUUAAAAGUAAGAUUUUGUUUCUGAUCUUCUUCUGUUGUGAUCUUUCCAUCAUCGCCAUCAGCCUAGCACCAGCAGCUUUUUUAAGGCAAAAUUCAACAUUAGGGCAUUUCACUUUACCUCCUGAUCAUGAAACUAACAAGACAAAUACAGUUUUUUUCUUUUCAUGUAUAUGACCACUGACUGAAUACAAAGGUGGACAACACAUCUCCAAAUCCUCUUGUACGAAAUUGUACAAAAGUGACGUCAAAAGGUUCUGGUAUCUUGAACAGCUAAAGCAACAGUGUGUGCAACAGGGACUGGUCAAUGGAGCUGCUAUAUGAACGUCCAUAGUUAACCAAAAGUCAGUUGAAUGAAACAGCAGAGGCUGUCAAGGUCUUGUGUCUACCUGAAGUGUACUACAGUUUGCUGAGUGUUAUUUUCUCACUUAUCUUCCUUUUCUGCUGUCUUGAGAACUAGGUAGGACCAUGUCCCAUCCGUUAAUAUGAAGGAGGCAGGCAUCAUGAUCUUAACUGCAGCCAGUCAGUGAAUAUAAUCUUUUGGUGUCACCUUCGAGGAUAUAAUGUGUCAUCCAUCAUUUUAUACAGUCUGUACGUAUAUGCACAAACAACAGGUUAUUUGUGUAAGUAUAAAACAUAAUAAACACAUGUUGCACACUGACCAAAAUAAUAUAAGUCAUAUAAAAUGUGGAUUUCAAAUAAAGAUCAGUUUAUUGAUGCAGGAACCCACAACUGUAUUCAAAGUCUUGGGGCAAGCUCAUGCGGCAGAUCCAAACUGAGGUCGACUUCAGAGAAAGAAUUUCCUCUAGUGUUCUUAUUCCCACAGUCAGCCAAAUGCUUGUCAAGCCUUAUAUUUUCUUUUGACUGCAGAAAUGACCAUAAACCAAAAGUUUUCUCGUUCUGAGGCUAUCCAGUCAACAGUCUGGAUUAAUCUCUGACCUUUGACCCUAUAACAAGCUGACAAACCAAGCAAGUGAUGCUGAGCUCUUGCCUGCCCAGAUACUGACCAGCAUAUCAGACAAUCCGUAAAACUUCAAGCAGAGGCUAUACGUUGGUCUCAAGGCCAUUCAUGUCUACAGUGCAGUGUUCUUUGCUCUUCUUCAGGUGUCGCGGGGGAAUUGGAGGCUUCCUCCUCUCAUUCUGUGGCCGAACGCCCUCCUCCAGCUGCAUCAGCCGUGCCACAUCAGAGGGGAUAAGGUCAUGUUUGCCCCCUGAGGACAGGGGCCGGAAAUUUCCAUUGUUGUUGUGGCAGUUCAUCAGAGGUGGGGGGCUAUUGACAGGUUUGGGCUCACAAAUUAAAGGCACCUGUAGGGGAACCAAAAGAGUCACAGAUAAGGGAAAAGGAAACAGGCUGUGAAAAAGGAUGCAACAUGAUAAAAGGAGCUGGGCAAAGGCUUACUGACUACUAGAAUUUCAAUUUUGAGACAUUUUGAGCUAAUUCAUACAUUUAGAUAGUGUUUCAGUGCUGGACCCUAAGGGCUUUAUUUUCAUUCCUGCCUGUGGCGCGGCAUAAGUCAGGUGUGCCGCGCCGACAAGGCGUGCCCAAGCACAUUUUGAUACUUUGGUGAGCAGCGCAGCCCGGCGUAAGUAUCCCCCCUCCC